AUGUGCGGCCCAGAUACCUGCACAAAGCCCCGUGGUGGCGCUUUGGCCGUGCUCAACCAACCUUGCAGCCAGCACAGCCCAUCAAUAUCGAAGCAGCGACUUUGCGGAGAUCUCGCAUUUCACACGCCAGGCGAACCAGGAUGCUCUUUCGCUACUCAUGCGAGAAUCACAGGCGUCGAAGGAUGCGAUUUACAGUCAUUGUCCGAAAUGAUUGUUGUUAUACAUCAGUCCGGUGACCUCACUCGUAAACUUGAAGACUGCGGUUUAUUCCAACGCUUUGCUUUCUCCGGUGCCUCGAUCCUCGAGAACGGUUCUACACUUGAGUUGGUGUUGAAAAGACCAGUCUCGCUGGAAGUUGGCGAUGAUGGCAUCAUUGGUCGCAGAGUUUCCGUCUUUCCCGGGACGGAGAUGGAUCACGCAUGUGCUGAGGGCAUCGUUGGGUUCAACUUCGUCAACGCGUUGUAA